GAGUCGAUGUUCGAUUUCCAGUAUUUGCUUCUGCACUAUUCAAUCCGAGUUUAUUAUAGUGUGUUGAUCGUGGGUUUGCACAUAUUGCAGACCGUAUUUUGCAAAGAUUUGUCGAAAACUCAUCGACGUACAUCUUAUCGUAAUAUUGAAUUAAUAUAUUUGCGAAAAAACGCAUGAACUUCGCCAAAAUUCGCACCGAGUGUCUGAAACAAUCAUUCAGUUAGGUAUCGCGGUUUUUUCGACUUUUUCAAUGGUUAAAAUGAAGUUUUUAAGGUAUUUAAUAUUACCAGCAAUCAUUAGAAGUCCCUGGACUGAAGAAAUUAUUUUAAUAUUGUACUGAAUCUAUUCUGAAGUGAUUUUGUGCUAAAGUGAGGUUAAGUUGGUGGUUUGAACUUGAUACCGUGUGAGUCAUUUCGCGAAAACCUUAUCUAUUCUCGAUUGAUAGUUGUUCGGCAUUUUUCUUCAAUACGUCAGCAAAUUUCAACAUUAGACUUAUCGAUAUUGAAAUAUUGAAAAUUCUGUGUCUUCACAUUAGUGCUGCUAUGAGUUCGAGUGAUUUCUUCAAAUAUAACGCAUAUAACAGUUUGAAAAAUUUGGACAAAAUCAAAGGGGUGGUUACCAAUAAGAUGCACAACAUCGAAAGUGCUUUUGUUACAAGCAACGUUGGAUACAGGGCGAAAAACGAUCCAGGCGACUGACGUAAGACGUAUUAUAAGUCCCAAAAUGAUAAUUUGACGUUCAUUUGAUAUCUGGAGUAGUCUGUGAGAGAUAAGAGAUUCCACAGAUUACCUUGAAAAGAGCUGAAAAAUCUACAUGUCCAUUGAGAAGUCGCUGGAUCUAAUGAGAAACUGCAGUCGGUGGUGUUGUUAAGAAAACUUCCAAAAAUCUAUUUUAAAGACAUCAAGUGAAGUGAACAAGAUAAACUGUAUGCAAAUAUUCAUUGACACUGUUCAAAAGUGAUUAGUAAAUUCCGUGGUUAGUUAGGUGAAUAUAAUGGCUUUAUUGAAAAGCAUUUUCCGUAAAAAGAAUCCUGCCGAUAUGGUUAUACAGGAACAGCACGCUGAACUUCUACAAGAAUCAGGGAUGAGUAAUGCUAAGUGCAUGCUCAUAAACAAGGGCGAACCUGAUGAAAUGAAGAUUUAUGGAUACAGAAGAAACAUCAUCAGAACCAUCUUAACGUAUAUUUCUUUUGUUUUAACAUUAGGAAUAUCGAGACUUGUUCUUCAUUGGGUUCCCCAUUGGUACCUUUAUGCGACCAGUUCCUCUUGCUCAGUUACACAAGCCCAGAAACUUCUGAUUACAGAAAUAUUCAGAAAUCGUAAGAUUUUGCACAUUUGUGAUGUCAAAAUUCUUACCGCUGAUGACGUUUAUAAAAAUGAAAAGGAGAAUAAUGUAGAUCCAGAACUGAUAAAAGUUUCAAUCCAAAGUCCACCGUCCCUGAAAGUGAGCUUCGCGAAAGGCCACUUCAAAGAUGUAGACAGCUUGAUCACAUUCUCUCAUAAAAAAGUCGAUUAUAUUUGGAAUAAGGAAAAUUUCAACUUUGAGAAGCUCACUGCCCUAGACAUCGGCGUUUCUACUCAAACUCUGCACCAAUGUCAGCCUCUAUCUGAAGAAGAAUCAUACAAAAGGAGAGCUGUAUAUGGUCUCAACAAAACAGUUAUAGAAAGGAGAACGAUAUUCCAAUUGAUAAUUGACCAAAUUUCUGGUCCUUUCUAUGCUUUUCAAGGGUGCAGUCUUGCACUGUGGUUUUAUGAUAAUUAUCAAUGGUAUGCAUCUGCUGUGACCGCCCUAAGUGUAUAUAAUAUAUUUGAAAGCGUCAAACAGACUAAAAGCAAUCAAGAUAAUUUAUGGGAAAAAUUUCAAAGUACGAAUGACUGUGUUGUUCGUAGAAAAAAUAUAACAAAUGGAGGUCAUGAAGAAGAAGAUAAAACUAUUUUCUCAGAGAGACUCGUACCAGGAGAUAUACUAGUUAUACCACCUUCUGGUUGCACCAUGUACUGUGAUGUCGUAUUGCUUUGUGGAAAUUGCGUAGUCAAUGAAGCAAUGCUAACAGGUGAAUCAGUACCAGUGACCAAAACUCCCAUUCCUGAUGAGGAGAUCCUCACAUAUGAUGCCAAGGAACACGCAAGACACACCCUUUUUUGUGGAACCAAAGUAAUUCAGACUAGAUAUGAUAAGGGACAUGUAUUGGCUAUUGUUAUCAGAGUGGGAUACUCAACAUCAAAAGGAAGUUUGAUUAGGAGUAUCAUUUACCCAAACCCAAUAGAUUUCAAAUUCGAGAGAGAUUCCUACAAAUAUGUCGCCCUAAGCGGCUUUAUUGCUUUGUGUGCAAUAUCAUAUGAAAUUUAUUUGAAGCUUUUAAGAAGUAUGCCUUUCAAUGUCAUUGCUCUACAAGCCCUCGAUGUGAUAACCAUUUCUGUGCCUCCUGCUCUACCUUCUGCAAUGACAGCAGGUUAUUCAGAAGCCCAGAAGAGAUUGAAAGCUCAGAAGAUAUAUUGUACAGUUCCUAGGAUGAUAAACGUGGCUGGUUCCAUAAAUUGUUUCUGUUUCGACAAGACUGGCACUCUUACUGAAGAUGGCUUGGACCUCAACUGUAUUAUACCAACUAAUGAGAAUUCCUUCAAUGAUGCCGUAUCUGAUGUUAAAAACAUACCUUUUGAUGAUUUAUUUGGUGGCCUUGUAUCAUGUCAUUCACUGACAAUUAUAGAUGAAAAAAUAGUUGGCGAUCCAUUGGAUAUUCAGAUGUUCAAUAGUACUGGAUGGACUAUGAGUGAGGGCGAUCACAAGUACAAACCACUUGUUAGAGCAUCUUUCGUACCACCUAUAGGAACCACACAAAGACUGAAUGGAGUGGAUGAAAUCAGUAUUAUAAGGGAGUUUCCUUUCUCAAGCAGUCUUCAGAGAAUGGGUGUCAUCUCAAGAACCCUGAACAAAAAAAGCUUCGAUUACUAUUGUAAAGGUGCUCCAGAGAUGCUAUUGAAUUUUAUCGAUAAGAGUACACUGCCUACCGAUUUUCACGAAGUAUUGGAGCAUUAUACUCAGAAUGGUUUUAGAGUAAUCGCCAUGGCUCACAGAGAGAUUAAUGUAAAACUACCUAAGCUGCACAAGAUUAAGAGGGAGGAGUUGGAAGUGGAUUUGAAAUUUUUAGGUUUUAUAGUAUUCGAAAACAUGUUGAAACCUGAAACAAAGCCUUCAAUCAAGGAAUUGCUUGAUGCUGAUAUCAGAUGUGUUAUGAUCACCGGUGAUAAUCUUCUUACCGCUAUAAGCGUAGCCCGAGAUUGUGACUUGUUGAGGCCCGAGGAAAGUGUGAUAACCAUCAACUGUGAUAACAUGAAUCCUCCGAAUCUCUUCUACACCUUGAACAACUAUAAGCCAAAGAAUUCUCCCAACAUCACAUCGAAUUCCUCCAGCUUCAUCAGCUUGGACACUAUAGAAUCGCAAAUUCAAAGUCACGCCGACUCGAAGAAACCUUCCAUCAACAACAAUUAUAGGUUUGCCCUCACCGGUAAAGUGUGGCAAGCCAUCAAAGAACAUUAUAGCGACUUAUUGGGCAAGAUUUUAACAAGAGGUACUAUAUUCGCCAGAAUGGAUCCCGACCAGAAACAACAGGUGGUGGAGGAACUACAGAGACUUGGAUAUUGUGUUGGUAUGUGUGGGGAUGGUGCAAACGAUUGUAGUGCCCUCAAGGCUGCUGAUGCAGGUAUUUCCUUAUCAGAUGAAGAAUCAUCUCUCGCUAGCCCCUUCAAUUCCAAAGUACCCAACAUCAACUGCACUAUCACAUUGAUUAAGGAAGGAAGAGCAGGUCUAGUCGCCAGUUUUGGAAUCUUUAAAUUCAUGAUGUACUACAGUAUGAAUCAAUUGGCUGGCGUAUUGAAUUUGACCAUCUCUUUCACCAAUUUCACUGACUGGCAAUUUUUGUGGAUGGACCUAGGCAUAACUUCUCCCCUGGCGUUAUUCUUCGGUUCAAGCAAAGCCUACGAUGGACCAUUGUCGAAACAACCUCCUCUAAUGAGCCUCUUGAGUCCCCAACCGGUAUUAUCUCUAUUGGUUCAUCUAAUUAAUUCGAUCGCUCUUCAAGUUAUCCUAUUUAAUUUUAUGCGAAGUCAACCCUGGUACACAGAACCCGUGGAGAAUAUGCAGGAGGAUGCAGUGCCCACUUAUGACAACUUCAACGUGUUCAUCGUUAUAUGCCUGCAGAAUAUUGUGAUGUCUCUGGUAUUUUCCAAGGGAGGCCUCUUUCGUAGAAAUAUCAUACGGAACUUGAGGUUUAUGACAAUCGUUGCGAUAACAUCCCUUGUGACCUUCUACCUUGCGUUAAGUCCUGAUCCUUUCACACAAAAAUUAAUUGGAUUGAAAUUACCACCGUUUUUCAUGUACAGGCUGAAACUCAUCGGAAUCUGCUGUUCCUUUUACCUCCUAGCUUACUCAAUUGAACACUAUCUGAUAGAUGGACUACUCUCUAAAUGUGUAAGUAGAGAAAACAAAUCCAUGAAAUACGUCCAAAUAGAAGAAGAACUCAAUCGCAACACCUACUGGCCUCCUUUAAUUUCUCCGGAAGAUUUCAAAGCAACUGCUAGUCCAGAUAACACGAUACCAGAUGAGCCGGUUAAAAUUGUGGUGGAGAAAGAUCUCAAGUUGAACAACAAAAUACUAUCACCCGUUGUUAUGGACUACACACCAGAACUGGUUAAGCAGCCGAUAGAAGAUAUGACCCAACCCCGAGAAUUGGUAGUUUUAGGGUGUCCGCGAACGAACUAUGCAGACACAAGCAAAAUGGCGAAGAAUGGUAAAAACCUGACAUUCAAGACCAUAAGCGAAAACAAUCUGAACAAAAAUGGGUAUUAUGAAGGCGUCGAUAGCUAUCAGGCGGAUACCAGUGCUGCCAUCUUAAACGCCACACCAUGCAGGAAUCCCUACACGAAUAAUAAACAGCUCAGCUUAACUAAGACUCCUGCUUUGUCGGAAGAUCUCUUUUCUAGUGUUCAAUCGAAUUUCAACAAUAUCUCUAGUGGGAGUGAUACUUUCCAGAGUUUUUCAGCUAGUGAUGAUUGUUCACCAAGUUCUAGUUCAAAUUAUAAUAUUACCGAUCUUCCUAGGGACGAUAAAGAAAAAUUAUUGCCUUAUACUAAUGGCUGCGUAAAUGGUUUUAGUUCUAAUGAAGUCAGUAGCUGAGGAAGAACAGUUUUACAUUUUCGACUUGAGAAAACUUUUUAUCCCCUUAAAACAGUCUUCGACAUAUCGGUUCUUUAUACAGUAUUAUGAUAUCUUACUAAAUUUUUUUACUAAGUUCGAAAUAAGUUAGUUUUUCAAAAUAGAUUUAUUUUUCAUAGUUCUAAAUCUAUUUCAUUGUUCACAGUUCACCUCAUUCGUCCAUUUUAUUCGAAAAUGAAUGUUCAGUACGAAACUCAACAGAAAUUUUAUCCGAAGAAGCUUUUUUUCAUUUUGUGACGGGUGGUGAUUUUCCUUCUACAAAACUGUGUACUUAAAUUGCUGUAUUUCCGAAACUGGGGUGAUACAUUUUUUUCAAUUUGUCAACGUUAUCUUGAAUUUUUAAUUUCGUUUCUUAGGGAAUAUAGGUUUCCAGAUUGUUUUAGAUAUUUUUUCAAUUAUAUUAUUUUUUUAAUCCGUAUUCAUCAUUUUCUGAAUGCCAUGAAAUAUUUUUUGUUUCUCAAAACAAACAAAAAAUGUUGGGGUUCCUAUAUAUGUUUUCUUGUGAUUAAAUCCUCGUAAAAUAUAUAAUUAUUUAAUAUUAUAUUAAUUUUUAUAAAAAUAAUUGAAAUGAUUUCCAUAAUUGGAACUCAUAGAACUGUUAAUUAGGAAAAUAUACUGUUUUUUGAUGUGGAAUAAUACUUAUAUUGAAGCAAAUUGUUUCUUCAUUAAUAAAUAUUUUAUACUUA